AUGAUUUUAUUCUUAUUUUUGUUAAAAACGAUAUUAUGCCAGAGUCAGAGCAUCAAUACAUUGAGUGUCUGCGUUGACGAUUCGGGAAGCAGAUAUCUCCAAGGGACUUCUUGGACAAAAGAGAUCGGCGGGAAAAUACAGAGAUGCGAGUGUUUGAAUGGAGGAAAUGGGCAGUACUCUUGUGGGUACACAAAUGAAGCAGCCUUUCUCGUCAUUGCUGAUGGGCCGCAAAUUCAUAGAAUCGCUCUUUUCGAAGGAGACGUUUACCGUAAAGACUGCAUCAACAAUAUUCCGGGGACUGCGGUUGGUAUUGCAGCAGAUCUCAACGACAACAAAAUGUAUUUUACGGAUGUCGUCAACGGCCACGUUGGAAUUUACGUCACUGCCCUUGAUUGCUCCUCCCGUGCUACUAGAUUUAUCUCCGACGAUAUAUAUGAACCAAAUGGAGUCGCUAUCGAUUGGCUUUCGAAGAAUGUCUACUGGGCAGAUGCUCAGCACGGGGCCAUCUUCAUGGCAGAUCAGUUCGGGCGAAAUCGAGUGAGACUCAUUUCUGGUCUCCACGAUCCUCGAUCUCUCGCAGUGGAUCCGAUCGCUGGCUCGCUUGUCUGGUCCGAUCAUACGGACGGAACGAUUAACUUCGCAACGAUGAACGGAAUGCACCCGUAUUUGUCCGAAGAAUCGAAGUUUGAAACACUUUAUGCAGACGGUAUCUGGCCUAAUCAAAUUGUCAUCGAUCCCUAUCAAGAAAACAACAACACAUUACCGGACGGAUCUCAAAUCACAACAAAUGGGAUGAUUUUUGGAUUGACGGAGGAAAGCGGACAAUAG